AACCUCACUUCCUUCUCCAUGAUAAUUUUAGUGAAAAGUGAUAAGUGGAAAAGUGCUCUUGAAGUGUGAUUGCAAUCUCAACAACUUGGCAUCAAUUUAUCACUCGAAGAAUAGCUGCCUUUUCAGUUUUUAGUUCGCCUUUUUCACACACCUCGAAUUAUUUUCCCGCACGACCAUGAGUAACAUCAAGAAACUGAUCAUGGGUGCAAAUGGCAAUAUCAAGAAUUCAUGGAAAGCUCUCAGCCUAAAACCCAUUGAAACCUCCCAUCUCAAGCAGUCCUUAGUUCAGAAAGUGGAAAAUAUUAGGUCCAAUACACAAGCAGGUGCUGCUUUGAACUCCAGAGUAAUUGAAGUUAUCUCUUGGUACGAUAAGAUUUCUGGGAUGGACGAGGUUCGUAGCGCCCAGAACAAAGUCCUUGAGGCUGAGAUGGAGUUCGUUGAAGCUCAGUCGAAACGAAGGGAGGCCCACAAAGAGCUUACGUCUAUGCAGAGAAGCUUAAAAGAUUUGCGUGAAGAAAUUGACACAACUACCCGUGGUGAGAAAAGGUACCUGCUUCUUGUCACGAAAGAGCAUGAAAUGUUACAGGAAGAACAAAAACUGGUGGAAAACUUCAAUGAUUGUGAAAAUCGAGAAAGAGAAACCUUCACUAUUCUAUCAUGUGCCGUGAAGGACUCACAUGAAAAGGAAAGAUCUCAAGCAAUGCGAACAAAAUACUGGUCUUUAAUUGCCUCAGUCAUGGGUACCCUUAUAGGUCUAGUGGCUAGCACAAUAAAUGGUCACGCUAGGAUGAAAGAAAUCAAGAAACUUCUCUCGGAUUUAAAAGUAGCCGUAAUGGAUCAGCCCCCACCUCCAAAGAUUGGACCUGACAUCAUCAACUCUCUGACACCACUCUUCAAAAGCUCAGUAGCUGAAAGUGAUAAAAUGAAAGAAGUCGUUGCUGAUUACUAUGAGUCAACAAGAAAUAUUCUUCUAGUCAGUGUAGUCGCUAUUCUCAUCGCUUGUUGGUGCCGUUGAAAGAGGUUUGAUCUUUGUGCCUUAUUCUGAUGUGAUAACUUCAAACUUGCGUUCAAAAGAACAUGCUUACUGCAUUACUUUUUAGUAUGAAGAGGAUUCGGAGGUUUUUAGUUGGAAACUAAAACUAUGAUGGUUGAUGGAAUGUCUCCUUGUAGAGCCCCGUAAAAGGUACUCAUAACCCAUGAAUUUUUGUGAAGAUUUCACUCUGGGAUUAAACAUGUGCCUGUGCUCAUACUGUUUGUGCUUUGUUUGAGUUGUAAACAAUUUAGGUCAGAUUAAUAACUUGAAUUUUCAGUCACUUGAGUUCUUCCCCCUUUGGUUUGGCACUUUCUUUCAUUUGCACUAAUCAAUCAAAAUUGCUUUUAUACUCUGACAUGUUCUACUUUUACAUGAAUGCAGAGAUGUUGAAUUGAAUAGUAACAAAGAGGAGGUAAUGCACAAACAUGUGAAUACUUUAGAGAAACUCCCCAAAAAGUAUUCAGUGCACAUUCAUAGAAAUUGAUUUUGGCUGAUGCAUUUUUGCUGCUCUCACCUUCAACCAUCAUCAGCGACUUCCUCUUUUGUUGUCUAAAUUUAAUGAAGAUUGGAUACUGCUAGAUUUCACCAUUCAUUCCAGCCAUCUUUCAAAAUUGAAUAGUUUAAGACUUUUUAAGUAUCUGGAGGAUCACAUUAUUCCAUCUUAUAUCAACCAAAACAAAUCAUUAAACAGCGGAAUUUUUUCCUUAACAGAGGCCCCCCCCCCGUAUGAUGAAUCGCAGGUGAGCACUGCACAAUUGUGGACUUAAGCAUGAAGCUCAUGAAGCAUAGUGAAAAGGCACCUCUCACAUUUUUCCCAGUUUACUAUCAAGUGGAGACAAAUCAAACUGACAUUUGUAUCAGAUGCUAAAAGUUCAAGAGACAAGUACAAACAAGAGAACCUCCAAGCUUCGGUUCUGGAUUAGCCCUUAGACGGGUGUAAACUGUUUCCAAGCAGACUGAGGAGAAUGUCCAUUCUACAAAGUUUAGAAAAAUUGAAGUGCAAAUGAGUAUGCGACCAAUUUUUUAAUUCAUUUACCGAGUUCGUUGAUGCCAAUUGUUCCCUCUAAAAGAAGGGAAAUGAUGGGGGGAGGGGUUGCUAUGCCCUGCAAAUAUGAGGAAAAAUGAAGUGGCUGGAGGGACAGGGUGCCGGCCGCUAGGAAGUCUUCGCAUGACAUAGCAUGAAAGACCGGUGCCCGGCUGAGGGGCGAGCGAAAAACACAACCACUACUAAAGGUGAUAGCAAACGACCCUCCCCUUCAGGAAAAUAAUGCAGUAUCUCUUCCCCAGUGAAGUUAAGAAGUGCUGUAAGGGUUGACUGCUGGCAUUUAUCAGGUUCUAAAUAUAUGUAACAAAAACUGCAGAAUUUUAUUGGGGCGCUACUGCCGCCAUAAUCUGUACCAUGUAAAUAAAAAAAGAAACCCUUAUUCCAGGGUAAAAACAGAAGUAGGUUAUAAUUCCCAAAAGAAAGGAAAAUUAAAUAAUAAGAACAAAUAACAUAAAAUUACAAUACAAUUAUUUUACAUACUUAUACUUGUACAUAAAUAGUAAAUGUUUUAAAUUUAUUAUCCUAUUAUCUCAUAAAGUGUACAUAAGUGUUUCUUAAUCAAUGUUUAAAAACAGUUCUUGGGGUUUAUGCUGUCUGCAUCAACUCCAACUUGUAUGAGUUGUAUGGAGUCCAACUUUAUCAGAUAUGAUGGGUAGGCCACUCGUUUUCUACGGACCUGACAGGGCUCCGAGCUAUGGUGGAGGCAACCAUCGAUUUAGCAGUGCCUUGAGUUGAUGCUGAAUUCUAUUCUGAGCAUUAUGACUUCUAUUAAUGAAACAUGCCCCUUUAAGCAUCACAGACUGACACAUGCUUUCAUGCUUCAUCUCAGCCAAAAAGCUCUUAGCGGAGCCUGUCAUCUCCAGGGGAAAAUGUUCAGAGAGGUGAAUUGGCGAGUAUCCGUCAGAUAUGAUGGGUAGGCCACUCGUUUUCCACGGACCCGACAGGGCUCCAAGCUAUGGUGGAAGCAACCAUCCAUUCAGCUGUGCCUUGAGUUGAUGCUGAAUUCUAUUCUGCGCACACACGCUUUCAUGCUUCAUCUCAGCCAAAAAGCUCUCAGCGGAGCCUGUCAUCUCCAGAGAAAAAUGUUCAGAGAGGUGGAUUGGCGAGUAUCCGUCAGAUAUGAUGGGUAGGCCACUCGUUUUCUACGGACCCGACAGGGCUCCAAGCUAUGGCGGAAGCAACCAUCCAUUCAGCUGUGCCUUGAGUUGAUGCUGAAUUCUAUUCUGCGCACACACGCUUUCAUGCUUCAUCUCAGCCAAAAAGCUCUCAGCGGAGCCUGUCAUCUCCAGAGAAAAAUGUUCAGAGAGGUGGAUUGGCGAGUAUCCGUCAGAUAUGAUGGGUAGGCCACUCGUUUUCUACGGACCCGACAGGGCUCCGAGCUAUGGUGGAAGCAACCAUCCAUUCAGCGGUGCCACGGGUUGAUGCUGAAUUCUAUUCUGAGCAUUAUGAUUUCCAUUGAUGAAACAUGCCCCUUUAAGCAUCACAGACUGACACAUGCUUUCAUGCUUCAUCUCAGCCAAAAAGCUCUCAGCGAACAGGGUUGCCAGCGACCGGGAAAAGUCAGGGAAAAAAAAUCAACCGGGGAAAGUCAGGGAAUUUCGAUGUUGGUCAGGGAUUUUUCUGAUUUUUCGUGGAAUUAGGCGCGGGCGGUUUCGGGCUCUCGUUGCGGGAUCAACUGACUCAUUUUCACUUUAACAGACUGCGUCAGAUCCAUACUUAAAAGUCAGGGAAAAAUAUUGGAAAGUCAGGGAAAAGUCAGGGGUGGAUUGGCGAGUAUCCGUCAGGUAUGAUCAGUAGGCCACUUGUUUUCUACGGACCCGACAGGGCUUCGAGCUAUGGCGGAGGCAACCAUCCAUUUAGCUUUGCUACGAGUUCAUGCUGAAUUCUAUUUUGAGCAUUAUGACCUCCAUUGAUGAAAAAUGCCUUUUCAAGCAACAAAAACUUACUUGUGCUGAUUGAUUUAGAUGAGGAAAACCAGAAUCUACCAAUCUUUGGUAUAAAUGAAGUCGCCAAUGAUGAUUGGAGUCAAAAGCAGCUAUAUAAUUCCAGCCAAAAUUAAAUUUCAUUUGUUGGUUUCAUAAUUGAAGUUUUUAAGGGAGAAUUCACAGGAUUUGUUAUUAUCAUCGACAAGAUCGUCAAUAUCUUUAACAAUGAACAAUAACCUCUUAAUUUUAAGUCCAGUCAGAGUGUUCUCGAUACUUUUAAUUUUUAAUGAAUAUAUUUUUAAGCACCAAACCAAAAGUUAGUAAACUCAUGUGAUGGAUAAUUUUGCCAAAAUUUUUAUACCGAUCCAGUAUAUGGUGGUCUGUAGAUUAUCAAACCUAGAAAUAACAGUGAAACUGCCAAAACACAUAUCUUGUCUCUGGUUUUUAAAAAUCUUCGUUCUGAUGUAUGUAGUUUUUUUAAUAGAAGGAUGAACAAAGAUCGUGGUUUGAAAUUUUUAGUGAAUAUUCUUCACCCAGGGAAGAAAAAUUGCCGCGGUUCUCUGGAAAUACUUUGUUGAAUGCUUAUCUAAUAAGAAAAUAGAGUAUGACAGGAAGGCUGCAAUGUUGCAAACCGAGAUAAGAGUUUCUGCAGUCUUGCUGUUUUACCUGGCUAACUGUGAUUGUUGUGCUAUUAAGGUAAAAUUUACUUUUUCAAUUGUGCAUGCAAAGUUUUGCCCUUAUCAUGUCUCUGUGACAAUUUUGCCAUGAAUUAACACAAAAUAUUGUUCUCAAUGAGGAUUUUGUGAAAAUACUCAAAUCUGUAGGUAGUUCUUGCCCUCACAGAAGUGUCUGACAUUUUAAACCAACCGAAAAUUUAAAUCAUCUCUCCUUGCACUGAAGUAGGUUAUACAUAUUAGCAGUAUUAUGCAAAUAAUACUUUACACUGAGUGUAUUUUGAAUAUCAAAAAUGGGACAUACUAAAUUCACGACUGAUAGAUAUACAACACGAACAACAUUGAGAAAAAAAAGUUUGAAAAAAAAGUUCACAGUACACUGAGUUUCUAAAGAC